UCAUAAUGCACGUAUACUAUUAACCUACAGUGUUAUGUAAUAUUUCACGGUGCUUAUGUUGACUAAAGUUGUGUUUCUUUAUAACAAAUGACGUUGAACAAGAAUUGCAUUGCUUUACGACUAAGAAUAAUUGCGUUUUUCAAACCGAGGGUUCCUUAUUUAUUGUUUAAUUUUUGUUAAUCUGUUGCUUACACAUGUGACUUCUGGCUCACAAAAACAUUGUUAAAGUUGUGUAUUUAUCUUAAUGAAACACAUCCUUAAGAUCGAGACUGUAAUCAUGCGUAAGAACUUCUACUCAAGUCAAUAUGAGAAACCAGAAAAAAAGGUUCCUUUCACUCCCCGCCAUAUUUACGUUUUAUACCAACAUUACCUAGACAAAUGGACCCCACACACGGCUUCACGGUGGGUGUUUACACUUGUGAUGAUCGUCGGCUUCAUGCUCCGUAUCAUGUUGAGGCAAGGCUGGUACAUCGUCUGCUAUGCUCUCGGCAUCUAUCAUCUCAAUCUCUUUUUAGCUUUCCUCACUCCAAAAAUUGACCCAGCAUUUUCACAAGACGAUGAUGAUGGACCGAGUCUACCCACGAAAGUCAAUGAAGAGUUCCGUCCCUUCAUGCGACGACUACCAGAGUUCAAAUUUUGGUACAGUGUAACAAAGUCUACACUAGUUGCUUUCUUCUGCACUUUCUUUCAGCUGUUCAACGUCCCAGUAUUUUGGCCAAUUCUCGUCAUGUACUUCAUCACCUUAUUCUGCAUCACCAUGAAGAGACAGAUAAGGCACAUGAUCAAGUAUAAGUAUUUACCAUUCUCCCUGGGCAAGCCACGUUAUCAGGCUCAUCAAGAAAACGUCAAACCAGCUGCCCACUGACCCAGCAGCUCCACUACCAUCCCCAAAUAGAGUUACUACUUAACCAUUUUCCACUGGUGAACUACUGAACAAGACAAAGACAAGUGGAGUGUUUCUUGGUAAAAAAAAAAUUAAUAAAAAAUCUUGCUCAGUGAAGCUGGGAGUCCUUGUGAUGUGUUAUUUACAUCAGACAUAUUGCCACUGUAAUUGACAGAAGGAGCUGCCACCAAAGAUACCUGCUGAUUCUUAGGAAGGAACUAAUUCUACGUUACCCAGGGAGAAGGACAAGAUAGCUGCUUGCUGAUAAAACCCCUUCUGAACACCACCUCUACAGUACUUCCAGUUGUCUCCCAUAUUGAUUUUGUUUCUGUAAUCUUGAGUAUUACAUUGAUACUUGUACAUACAUGCAUACAUACACUAAUAUACUGUAAUCUUCCCUCUGUAUCUGGCAAGUCAAUGAGAAAUUCUUUAGUCCAGUAUUGUCUAUGGUAACUAUUCACACGUUCAGUGUUAAGAAGCCGGAUAAAUUUGUAGCUACGGUGGUCAGCUUGUGAGGAGUAGACGGUAAUGAUUUAUGAAACCACAUUUAUUAACUGAGAAGGAAAUAUAUGAAAACUAUGCUUUGUACCUAGUAAGUGUUCAUCAUCAGGAAGUAUUUGUAACCUGAAAGAAAAACUGCAUGUGAAAUAUAAUAAGGUUGUUACAAAUAGUACAGAACUCUUAACACAGUACCCAGACUGUGGAUAAGAAAGGUCAACUGGAGUAAUAUUCAGGAUGUUUGGUUCAUUUCAGCUUUAUUUUUUGAAUGAUUAACAGUCCUAACUUGAUGUGACUGACACAAUACUAUCGCAGUGGACAUAAUACAGUAGACCUUUGUAUCCAAACUGUUCAUAUCCCUCCACUUGAGCUUCAUUCCCAAGCUCAUGUAACUUGAAUAAAGUCAAAGGAGUCAUAAGUGAAGAAAUAAAGAGACCUGUGUUAGAUUGGAAGGAGUUAGCCACCCAUCACUUCACGGUGGUACUCUGCCUGAACCACCAUCCUCUGCAGCUGAAAUGUUCCUCAUGUGGUUGAUAUUACAGUAAAUAAUACCUAGCAUUUCACAUGUGGUUAUUUGUAUUUUAUUAAAGAUUGUUAACUUGGGGAUGGAAUACCUUGGAUAUAUAUUGUUCUAUUAUUUAUAUAUUGUACAUAAUGAACCUCUCUGUGUCUUGUCAGCAAAGGUCGACAAGUUUAUCCUUGCAUUAUAUUUUUUUAUGAUUAGUCAAGUUCCUGCAGAUAAUUAACAUGCUAAAAAUUAUAUUAGGUUAUGUGAACGAUUUAUUUCCAUUGUCAUACUUUUUUUUGUCUAGUGAUAUUUUAAGUUUGAGAGUGCUGAAAAUACAUUGAGGAGAUCUGAUCAUAUUGCUACAGGUCUCUGAGGAAACUGUCAGAUGAUCACAUAGGGAGGAAUUGAUCACUGUGUUCACUGGUGUUGGAAUACUGUGGUUGACUUCAUUUAUGGCCAUUUGAUUCAUCUCUUUCUUUUCUUCUUAAGGUGCACUAUUUUUAUUAUUAUUUUGGUCAGUACAAGUAGUAUAGAUGAUUAUAAUGGCCCAUGUGCUAAUAAUAAAAAAAUCCAGAAUAUUCAAAAUUCAAAGUUAAAGGAAAUCUAUAUAACCGAUUGUUCAAUAGAGGACAAGAAACGUGUAGAGAAUUACUUAGCUUGACACCCGAUUGACUGGAGAGUAUCAGUGUGAACUCUCAUGUUUGGAUGUACAGUAGUGCCAACAGAAUAGUAACUUAAUUUGUAUCCAACUGUCCAAUCUUUUUUUUUAGUACAGCAUCGGGUGCAAUCUUUAUUAUUAUUAUUGUAUACAGUAAUUUAUCACAGUCCUUGGCAGUAAAUUAAUCAAACAUUGUUGUGCAAUACAUCUCUCAUUCAAACCUGGAUGAUGCCUGUCAUUCUUUUAUCUUGUGACACAGAAAUCAAUAGUUGUACUGUAAUUAUUUUGUGUUACAGCGAGAAAACACGAAGAUCUUCAACACCAACUUAGCGUAUAAUGACUUGGGUUAUUAUCUUGAUUAAGUGCAUGCAUGUUUUCAAAUAAGUUAACUUUUUUCUUUUCUUUUUUUUUCCUAGUUGUAUAUUAUAUAUUAGUGCUGUACAAUACUUUUAUUUGUUGUUGGAAAACUUAAAUGACAUUUUUAUUUUUUUUAUGUUUUUUAUAUUUGAUGGAAGAACUUUUUCAACAAAAUAUUGUAGGCUUAAGAGAUUCUUCUGGGUGUACUGACAAUACUUAGUCCUUUGAACAGCAGGUGUACAGUAAGGGAACUCCAAACUGGUAUCAGUGUACGGGCAAUGCGACACUUGAUUAGAAAUAUUGAAUCAUGUUAAAAAUAUUAUGUAAUUAAUAUUUUUACAGCUGCUAUGUUUUUUUUUUUUUUGUUUUUUAUCAGUAAUGUUGGGGAACAUUUCUUAUUUGUGAAGAAACUGUCUUUGCUAUGUGGUUUUCUUUUAGCUCUUUUUAGAACUAAAAAAAAUGUACUUUGUAGGUGGCAGUUGGCCUUGGGAGCAAUAGUUGUGAGUGCAGACAACUUACUAAUUAAAGGUCAUUAUAUUUGUAAACAAGCAGAUGGUGAUUUUCUUCUCAACAUUAAUGAUGAUUAUAAGUAGAUAUGAAUAUUUUUGUUUUCUCUAAAUUCAGGCAACUCUCAUACAGUACUGAUAUUUUCAUCAUUAUCCAAAGAUUUCUCUGUCAAAUUAUUUGAUGUAUGAACUAUAUACUGUACUGUUAUUAUUUUGUUGUCAGAAUGAUGAUGUGCAGUGCAGUGGUUUCUGUAUAUAAGUUAUUGGGUGAAUGAGUCAUUCCAGAUUAUAGGUGUGUAAUGAAUGUGACUAGACCUUUUUACUUGGAUCAUGUCUUUGUACAGUCUUGUCAUGAAAUAGAUUAAAUAAUAUUUUGA